CCACCAUGAGUGCGGAUUCUGGGAUGCCGCACCAGCAGCAGAAGGACAUCAUCCAGUCCUUCUUCCAGUUCGACGCUGCGCGGGAUGCCGCAGAGCGCUUCUACAGUCGCUCCUCCGGUCCUCAGACGCCUGGGAAUUUCUCAUCUCAGCCGUCUCUGCCUCCGAUGCCCACUGGCAUGCAUUUCGGCUCAGAUGCCCUUCAGCAUAUGAUGCCUUCCAUGGACACGUCAGCACAGCAACAAGGUGUCCAACAGUCGUCCCAGCCCACGCCACAAGCCUUGCUCGAGCAACAGUUUCGGCUCAACCAGCUGCAGCAACUCCAGCAGCUCCAAAACCAGAUUUUCCAGCAGCAGCUGGAGCUUCUGAGCAGUCAAAAUGCGUUUGGGGGAGGACAGACACUUGCGGGACAGGCAAUGGGAGAUCGGCAGCGGGAGCAACAGCAGUAUGGUCUUCCAACACCAGGACCGUCCGGUGAACUGCGCGCACAACAGAGUCCCGACUUCGUCUCUCCUCUACUCUUGCAGUCCGGCGCUGGCCUGUCCACCAUGGCCCAGCAGCCACAUUCCUCUCGCCCGAUGUCUCCACCGCUCUCCAUGCCUUCGGGCUCGUCAGGCGCGGACCACGACUUCAACGACAUCUCGCCACUGACCAGCCCCUGGCUUGGACCCUUCAACAAUGCACAGGCGAUGCAGGGCUCGAGCGGGAGGGGAGAGACGUCCGUACCCAGGCCUUCCCGGAAGCGGCAGUCUUCUAUUAGGGCCGCUGCUCGACCCGGCCCCAACGCCCAGCAGAAACGCACGUCCAUGCGGGGGUCGCGGCAUGGGCCUGGACAUGUCGAUAUGAAUGAACUGCCAGGCGACUCACCGUCGCCGAUCGAGCUGCCCCCUAUGCCGCCUCCGGCGCACCCGCCUCAGCCGCCCUCGUCGUUCGAUCGUGAGAUGACGUCCGCCACCACGAGUGCCUCCGCCAUGGGCGUGCCAUCCAACGGUGCGGCGUCCGCCCCCGCGAUGACGCCGGUGACCCCGGCCAGUAUCAUGAAUCUGGGCAGACUUGGAAUCAACUCCGAUCAGGGUGCCACCAAGAAGAAAGACGGCAGCGGUAGGGCAAGGGCGUCGAGCAAGUCCGCUAACUUCGCCGAGCCGGGGCGGACGACCAGGUCGGCCGACAAGUCUACGAGCGUCCCGCUCGUCAGUCCGAGCCUCAAGCCAAUUCGUCCAGCCGGAAAUCAGGCAGUCGUUUCUACGAGCCCUUCUCCGUCGACGACGCAGCCCAUCGUCCAGUUCCGCAAGUCGUCGCACAAGGCCGCCGAGCAAAAGCGGCGCGACUCGCUCAAGACCACCUUCGACGACCUGCGCCUUUUACUCCCGCCCAUCCCGCUGCCCGCCGAGGACGAGCCGAUCCUCCCGGGCGCGAUGCCACCGCGCGGCCCGCCGAAGGGCAACUCAGAGGGCCCGAACCGCGCCGUGAGCAAGCUGCAGCUGCUCCGGUGCGGCAACGAGUACAUCAAGAUCCUCAAGGGCCGCGUCGACCGGCGCGACGAGGAGAUCGAGCGCCUCCGCAGCGAGGUGGCGCGCCUCAGGCUGGUCGUGGGCCCGGAGGCGGAGAACGGCGAGGAGGAGGUUGAUUUGGAGAGGGAUGUGGACGCGGUGGAGGCGGCGGGAGGCGGGGUGGGCCUCCUGCUCGGCCGCGCGUACCAUGGCCGCGAGGGCUCCCUGGCGGAGGUCGAGGAGGCAGAUGAGGAGGGCGGAGACUCAUAGCUCCCAAUGAACUUAUGAUAUCAGUUAUUUCGGGUUUUUGAAUGGUCGAGUGUCGGCAGAUAUACCAGAUACAUACGUAGAAAGACAUGUUGUAGAAUACGAGACAAUGAAUGGGCAUUGAGGUUGACGAAAAA